AUGUCAUCGGAGUCCGAGCUUUACACAGAGCUCUUCAGCACUUACUCAAACUUUUCCAUUCCAACCAAUGCCACCCCAUUGAUCGUCACCGUCUAUCUCCACUUUUUAUAUAUUCUAGCGGUGGCAGAGACUCAAGAAACAAUUAAAUUCCUCGCUUUCUUUAACUACUAUUGGACUGAUAGUUAUUUACAGUGGAAUUCGACGAGAAUUCAGAAUAUUGUUGUUGAGGCGAAUGAAAUUUGGCGACCGGAUGUCGUUUGCACGUCUUGCGCUGAGGUGACUGGAGUGCUUGGUGACAAGAGAAUUGAAAUCGGAUCCGAUGGAAAAAUUGGCUACGGCUUUCCAGAGGUGAUGGUGUCACGAUGUCCACUCUCCAUUCACAAUUUUCCAUUUGAUACACAGAAAUGCUCAGUGACUCUGCAAGUGAUGAGCUAUCAAGCCGAUCAAGUUCUACUAAAACCGGGCGUCGCAUUUCUCGGAGAUGAAAUUCGGGGCACUACUGAAUGGGAUUUGAAAAACGUGACCGCUGUGUGGGUGCUGAACUCAAACAACAAGACGGGGUACUUGGAGAUCGAGAUUGUCAUCAAGAGAAACUCCACUUGCUAUGUAUGGGUUCUAAUGGUGCCCACAUUCCUCGCUUGCAAUCUAGCCGUUGUCGGAACUUUUCUACCAACAAUCAACACCGGCACGCGCUUUAGCAAGGUUCUUCUCAACGUUUGCGUUUUGUUGACAAUGAUGGUCUUGCUUGACAUUGCCGCUGCUGACAUCCCUAAAACCUCGUAUUUACCUCAAUUAGCGUGGUUCAUCUUCAUCGAGAUGUUGGUGUGCUUUUUGGCUGGAGUGAUCUCCGUUCUCAUGCUAGUCACGCAUCACAUUGUCACAAUUUGUGACGCAACUUCGCCGGCUUGGUUGACUUGUCUCAUCUGCGAGAGCUCUAAAUCCAAUGAAGAAAGAAAGGAGAAAAACGGGGAAACAAGGCAUAAAUCUCCGAAAGAGUUUGAUUUUUCUCAUGGAUCAAUU